CGAAGCUACUAGACGGCGACGGCGAGGAGCGGCGUUGCGAUGAGCGCUGGUCCAAAGUCACCGCCUUCUCUCUUGUGUUGGGGAUGGAAGUGGCCAUGGGAUCCCAAUCCCUCAAACCCCUCUCCUUGCGGGAACUUAGAAGCUCCGUGGCUCUUCAAAUCUCUCCAAACCCUCGCCUCGCUCGGCCAAGACCUCCUGCUCCGAACCCAAACGCCCUCGCCCUCCUCGAUCCCUCCUCGGCCGGCGAGGCCUGCCGCUUCUCGCACCUGGAAUGAGCAAGGGGAGGCCGAGCAUCGCGCCCUGGCGCUGGCGCUGGCGAGUGGGAAGGAAGCGACCGUGAUCGAGUUCUACUCCCCAAAGUGCCGCUUUUGCAACUCCCUGCUCGAUCUCGUAUUCCGGAUUGGGGAGAAGAACUCGGACUGGGUCGGGGUCGUCCUAGCCGAUGCGGAGAACGAGAUGUGGCUCCCUGAGCUCCUACAUUAUGACAUCAAAUAUGUUCCUUGCUUUGUGCUUCUGGAUAAGCACGGAAGGGCAUUAGCUAAAACAGGAGUUCCUGCCAGCCGAUUACAUGUCAUUGCAGGUCUUUCACACCUCUUAAAGAUGAAGCAGCAAAACACGAAGAACGGAAAGAAGAUGCCUUUAUGAUCCCUAUCAAUUUCUCUUAAUACAGUACGCUACAAUCCAUCAUUUUUGUUCUUUUUUUUUUUGAGAAAUUAUUUACUCUGUUUGUAGUGUUGGUUGAUCCGUCAGCUUUGUUAUGAUUGUGGAUAUCCAUAACUUUAACGAUACUAGAUUACACCAAAUGAAUUUAUAUUAUGCUA